AACAAGCGUCAUUGGCCGCGGUCGCAUCUUUCAAACGGAAACCCGCGUUAGGAGAGGAGAGGUAACACCGCAAAGAGGUGCUGUAUUGCCAGAGGUAUACGGGAACGGUGAGGUUAGAACGUUAAGGUCGUGUAGCCGGUUAUUAUGUAGCCGAUAUGGCUCCGAGGCAAUUAAUACUAUUGUUAUGAUUCAGACGAAUACGUCAUGCGUGUGUCUGAAACGACGAUGCAACAACGCCGCGUUUUCGUUGGUCAGUAUUCGACUGUAAUAAGUUGCGGCUAACUCUCGCAACUCUGGUCCGCUUCUCGUUCUCGUUCCGCGUCCCGCCUUUGGACCGCUUUCUAAAUCAAUGCGUUGGGAAAAAUGCGUGCGCGCUCGCCACCUGGAACGGAUGUAAUUAAUUGUUGUUCAGUGUCACAACGUAGAUACGUAGAGUAUGGGGAUAUCGGCUGCAGUUUAAUUCGAAAGGAAUCGUAAAAAGAAAAAGUGUGAGGAAGAGGAGGCUAUGGGAUUAUGGUGCGAAGGAACGAACGAUAAUCGGUGAUCGGUGCUCUGGUUGGAAAGGAAACGGUGGAUAAAGUCGGAUGGAAAUUGCGGUAAGAUUCUUUGAUCUCGUAUGGGAGGAGUAUCGAGAUGAUAUCGAAACGGAUUUUGGCCACGGAUCUUGUUGACUAUGAGAUUUCGAGAAUAGGAGAUAAGGAGGAACGGGCAAUUAUGUCGAAUAAUAAUCUCGGCGAGGGGAAAUCUUCCGCGUUGAUCCAAGACGCGAAAGUCACGAACGAGAAAUACGACAAGAACAAUGCGGUCGGCCAGCACAAAGGCAACGGCGAGGAAAUGGUGAAAAAGUCGAGCAAAGCGACUCAGAUCGAUUUCGUCCAAUUGUCUUACGGCGCGCAGAGAAUCAGGCCGCCUUCUUUGGGCUAUCUGCCGAAACAGAUGCAGGCCAGCGAGUCCAGUUAUCCAGGCUACAAUUCAAAGAGCUCGUCCCAGAGCGAGUUAGUUCUAUCGGCGAGAAACAAGAACAAUCGUUACGUAGCUUUGGACAUGAGAUCGGUCAACAGUCUUCCAUUUUCGAACAGUCAUACGUCGAUAAAUAACAUGCCGUACACGUGUUGUUGUGCGUGCGCGGGAUCGCCUGGAUCUCCGACACCCUCCUCCAGGCAAACGGAGGAACAGGACGGACCUGAAGGUCUUUCGUGGAGGAGAUUGCACAUGAGCAGGGCUAAAUUAAAAGCCACCGCAACAACGUCCGAAUUAUUGAGCGGUUUCGCUAUGAUAGCUAUGGUUGAGCUGCAAAUAAACGAGCCAACCGCGGUGCCCGAAUGGCUGUUUGUGAUGUUCGCCGUUUGCACAACCGUCCUAGUAUCAGUACACAUCUUUGCUUUAAUGAUAAGCACGUAUUUAUUGCCGAAUAUCGAGGCCGUCAGUAAACUUCACGUGUCCCGCCUCGUUUCGGAAUCGCCUCAUGAAAGAAUGCGCGGCUUCAUCGAGCUGGCUUGGGCAUUCUCCACUGUGUUAGGAUUAUUUUUGUUCCUAGUGGAGGUAGCUAUACUGUGCUGGGUGAAAUUCUGGGAUUAUUCGUUUACCGCAGCCACUGCCAGUACCAUCAUAGUCAUUCCAGUCCUCAUAGUGUUCAUCGCGUUCGCCGUUCACUUCUAUCAUUCCUUAGUGGUAUAUAAAUGCGAAUCAACGGCGACUGAUAUGAACGAGUUGGAAAAUAUCAAAAGAAAUUUAGAUAAUGUAGCGAUGAGGCAGAGCAGCGUAUGAUAAAAUUAUUAAAGAUUCUCAAAUCAAUUUUUCAUUGGUUGUGUCCUUGUCUUCUAGAGAAUACGUCCCGGAGACUGCUUAUUAUUUACUGGAAAGUAUUGUAAUCAUAUUCAAUAACGUAUAUACGCUACACACACACACACGAUUAAUAACGAUGAAAGAAGAACACAUGUAAGUUUAUUCAAUAACUUUACUUAUUCAAUACGAUCACGCGAAAGCGACCGUAUUUUUUAUUAUAUAUAAAAAUGUACAUAGCUGUACACAUGCAAGUCAAGAAUUGCAACAGUACAAGCAAAGUGCUCUUAUAAGUAUAUCAGCUAUAUUAUUUAGCAUUUAAUUAUAUUCUAUUUAUGACUUAA